AUGACAGAACUUGGACUUGGAAACUGGAGCCCAGUGACACCUGUCACUCUAAAAGUAAUAAAGAUUUGCAUUGAGGUGAUGCAACUGAUAGAAGAAAAGGUUGAAAGUAAACCUGAUUCGAAGAUUUACAUUCCUGUGGUCUACUCUUCUCAGAUUGUGCAGGGAACGAACUAUGUGGUCAAGGUGUUGGUUGAUGAAGAUGGAGAUGGUGUGUGUUUUCAUGCAAUGAUAUAUCAGGCUCUUCCCGGUGAUGGAGGGAAACCGAUUCUGACUGGAAUCCAGUUCCCUAAAACCUUUGAUGACCCGCUGAUCCCCUUCUGA